AGCUGCGCAAGCGCGGGGAGGUGCGCCCGGCCUGUCGCCGUGGAAACGGCUCGGCCUGCGCCCCCCGGGACCCGGAAUCCCAGCACGCCGAGGUGGGAGCCAGUGAACCGUGCCCCCGGCCGGCCCCCACCUCCGCUUCCCGGUAUUUGAGGGUUCGGGCCUCCCGCCGGGGACUUCACCCCUCGGGCUCGUCAGUAGGGCUGUGGCUGUCGCCUCUUCCUGCAGCGCCAGGCUCCGCCCGGCCUCACAGUCGGCUUAGGUGCUUUGCGUGCACUGCGGUUGGGUGGAAAAACCCACUCCUGGUUGUUCAGACGUUGGCCUGCAGAAGAUGUCAUUUCUGUAUUCCUCUAAGGGUAAGAAAGCCAGGCUUGCACUAGUGGAGACGUGAGUAGGGAGAGAACCGUCUACCCUUUGGGGACAUCCGUGCGCUUAGGUACUGUGGAGCUUCCUAACAGGACUGUAGGCAGUUACUGAUCUCUGCGGAAAGGAGUAUUCGUGUCCUGGAAGAAUAAUUGGAUAAACGUGCCGUCCUUCUUCCUAAACAGAGUGGAAUCUGUAAGCAGGCCAAGAGAGCAUCCAGGCGGCUUGGAGUGGAAUAGAAGGCUCUAGAGCGGGUGUCUCGAAGAGGAAACAGAAUCAGGAAGUCAUUAUGCAACUUGCACAUAUUCAUCAGAUUUCCUCUGACUUACCCGGACAUGUACGUGGGAAUGAUGUGCACUGCCAAGAAAUGUGGGAUUAGGUUUCAGCCUCCAGCUAUUAUCUUAAUCUAUGAGAGUGAAAUCAAGGGGAAAAUUCGCCAGCGCAUUAUGCCAGUUCGAAACUUUUCAAAGUUUUCAGAUUGCACCAGAGCUGCUGAACAAUUAAAGAAUAAUCCACGACACAAGAGUUACCUGGAACAAGUAUCCCUGAGGCAGCUAGAGAAGCUAUUCAGUUUUUUACGAGGUUACUUGUCGGGGCAGAGUUUGGCAGAAACAAUGGAACAAAUUCGAAGGGAAACAACCAUUGAUCCUGAGGAAGACCUGAACAAACUAGAUGACAAGGAGCUUGCCAAAAGGAAGAGCAUCAUGGAUGAACUUUUUGAGAAAAAUCAGAAGAAGAAGGAUGAUCCAAAUUUUGUUUAUGACAUUGAGGUUGAAUUCCCACAGGACGAGCAACUGCAGUCCUGUGGCUGGGACACAGAGUCAGCUGAUGAGUUCUGAUACCAAACACGCAAAACAUGCACUGGGCUAGCAGAAUAUCCAUGUUUGUUACCAGACUGGUUCUGGAAAAAGCCGUAAAGAAUACUAAAUAUGUUGGGUUGUAGGGGAUUGACCAUGUUACUUUUCAAAACCAGGACAUUUAAAGCAUCUACUACGUAGGUGCAUGAGGAAUAUGGGAAAAACAGAAUAAAGGAAUCUGCCUUUAAAGAGCUUACAAUCACGCCGGGCGCGGUGGCUUGAGCCUGUAAUCCCAGCACUUUGGGAGGCUGAGGCAGGCGGAUCACCUGAGGUUAGGAGUUCGAGACCAGCCUGGCCAACAUGGUGAAACCUCGCCUCUACUAAAAAUACAAAAAUUAGCCAGGCGUGGUGGUGGGUGCCUGUAAUCCCGGAUACUCAGGAGGCUGAGGCAGAAGAUUCGCUUGAACCCGGGAGGCGGAGUUUGCAGUGAGCGAAGAUCGCGCCAUUGUACUCCAGCCUGGGCGAUGAGCAAAGCUCCAUCUCAAAAAAAAAAAAAAAAGCUUACAAUCUAACUGGAAGAUGUCAAAACCUGUGAAAAGCUAAUUAGCAGUAUUAAGCAACACAAACAUUAGAGCCAAAUGCAUGAUAAAGGCUAAAGAAGGCCAGAGCAUAUAUUACUGUAGAGUAGAAUAGUAAGGGAAGACUUUGUCCUUUAAUAAAGAGAUAGGAGUUGGCCUGGCCCUUGAAGUAGUUUAGGUAGAUGCUUGUGUAGGAUUCCUGAUAAGAGCAACUGAAAAGAAGGAGAGGGGAAGUAGUAAAGGGACAAGAAACAGAAUUUUUCUUUUGAGGAACCAUAAGCAAAUUAUAGUUUGACAAGAAUGGGGGACAUAUAUGGUUACCAGGGAAUUACCUCAUGUGUUAUAUCUUUAUAUGUAUUUAUCUCUGGAAAAGAGUGCCCUGCAAAAUUCCCUACAGCUGCAAGCAGAUGUCACUUGAUGGACAGAGGGGAAUUCUGCCCCUCCGGUAUCAGGAAAUAUAUACUAAAGACAUUGUGAAACGCUGAACCUCUUCCCAUAAAUAAAAGGUUUGUUUGUAAAAUGGGAAAUCCACCCAUAAUAAAUGAACAAUAGACACUGCCAGUUUAGGCCUGUUAUGAAUGGAUCUGCAAGAGAGCAUCUUCGUUUAACAACAUUAUCUGUGAUUGGAUACAUUUAUCCUUAUUACAAUAUUGUUUAAUUGGUAGAAGUUCUGUUUUCUACAAGGAAAUUGAUGUUUAUUAAAUAAAACAAAAUAAUUACUGUU